AUGCAGCGUUUGAGCGCGGAGUCGUGUCACAGUUCCACAGUCAACGCCGUUACGGGUUUCUGCGAGCUGUGGGCCAUGCGCCAUUUCGCUGCGACGCCUUUCAUCUGCCACGCACGGGCCGCCGGCGCCGACUUCCUCGACGCCGACGUCCACCACGGCGCCGACCUGCUUGAGCCGGGCGUGGCGGCACGCGAGCGCAGCGUGGACAGCGGGCUCACCCUCGCGCUCUGCUGCAAGGCAUGCGUUGCGGGCCCUGGGUGCCACGCGUUCGUCUUCGCCGAGGUCACCGGCAGCUGCUGGCUCUAUCCGUCGGAGGUGUCGUACAGCUUGUGGGACAUGAAGCAGGGGUACAGCAGCUACAUUUUGCCCUGCCACCGCCGCGGGCAGGUCGUCUGCCCCUGCAGCCCGAGCGGGACCUCGAAGAUCCGCAUGCCCUGCCAGUGCGACGCGGCCAGCAGCCCCCACCACACUGAGUGCGCCGUCGGCCAGUACUGCGACGAUGGCGCGUGCCACGACCGCAAGCAGCGGCGGUUGUCGGCCGACGUCUGCUCGGUGACGCCCGCGGUCACCACCACGAGCGUCGCCCGCACCCGUACGGACACCACGACGCCGGACAUGUACGUGGUGGACGUGCUGGAGAUAACCGUCGACUGCAGCACGUCGGCUCUCGCCGCGUGGGCCGCUGACAAGCACAGCGUAGGGGUGAACAAGGUGAUUCCUUCAGCCGUGAAGUCUCCUUAUUCAUCUGGAACUGCAUCAUCUUGGGACCCGUCGUACCAGCGCCGCCUGGAUGAUAGUUCGGACUUGGCAGGUGCACAGCUCUGGUCAGAUGUGCACCUUCCCAUCGCUGCGAACCUGGUCAACAACCUUGCUUCAACCAGAUCUGAUCUGGCUUUGAGUUUCAGGGACAACGAUGUGUGGCUUUCGAGAGUCUGGAGCGUCACGCUGACGAAUCCGAUCGAUGAAGAAGGGGCCUGCUUCAGCACCAACUCGAAUAGCAGGGAUGAGUUCGGGGACAGCUGUGAGGUGUACCCUCCCAGUCCAGCUUGGCGCGGCAAGUAUGAUGACAGCGAUUUCACCUCUGCGAGCAUGUGCUGCGGGUGCGGUGGUGGCGUCGACCACGAGCCGCAGACGCCAGCUCCUACCCCAGCUCCAGCUCCCACUCCUGUGCCCGACUGCGUCGACACGGACUUUGGUGAGGUCGACGCGUAUGGCGAUGGCUGCGAGUCUUAUUCGGUCUUUCCACAGUGCUACUGCGGUGCGUUUGACGUCGGCCGUUUCGACUCCAUGACCAUGUGCUGCGUCUGCCCCGCGUACCGUCCGCCGACUCUGCCGUCCACUCCGGCUCCUCCCCCUCCGUCGCCGUGGUGGGGCACCGGGAUUCUCGACGGGGCGGUGUCGUGCCAGCUCUCCCUGCUGCCGUUCCCCGCCGCGGCCGCGGCCGCGGCAUGCGCGCUGCGCGGCCAGGUCUGA